CGCCUCAGCGAAGCAACGCCACCACCCGUUUCGCACUUCACAUCCCCGGCCCCAUCGAUCCACCGACCGUGCAGCAAUGGGCUCCAGUGCGGCGGCCAAGGUCGCCGUCCUACUCCUGGCAGUGGCGGCGCUCCUCGCCGCGGCGAGCGCGCAGGGCCGUCGAAGCUUCGCCGGUGCGGCCAGGUUGAGCUCGAGCUUCGCCGCCGUGCGCGGGGACGACGACGACGACGACCACCGCAAGGAUGACGGCCACUGGAAGUGCUACUCCUCCUGCAUGAGCAAGUGCUGCGACGACGACGACGGCGACAAGGCCAAGGCUGCCGUCUCCGUCGUCGGGGACGACGACGACCACGACGACCAUGACCACGACGACGACGACGAAGGCGACUACCACAAGUGCAAGGCGGAGUGCCUCGGGGGCUGCUUCAAGGACGUGCCGGGCGUCUGCUACCACAAGUGCGUCGCCGAUUCCUGCAUCAAGCUGCCACCCUAUAGCUCCGACAGGGUGGAGUGCUUCAAGAAGUGCGGCCACAAAUGCUACCACGACGACGACGGCCCGAAGCCCAAGCCCAAGCCGAGCCCACCGAAGCCUGGGCCGAAGCCCAAACCCAAGCCUAGCCCGCCAAAGCCCAAGCCGAAGCCUAGCCCGCCAAAGCCCAAGCCGAAGCCGAGCCCACCAAAGCCUGGGCCGAAGCCGAGCCCACCAAAGCCUGGGCCGAAACCGAGCCCGCCCAAACCGUGGUGGCCAAUACCGCUGCCUAAGCCGCCGUGUCCCCCCGGCGCCGCCGUGAAGUCGUCGCCGGCCGACGAGAAGAAGAACUGAUCAGAUGACACGCACGUAUACGACGCAAAUGAUCAAGUGGAGCUCGCUGAAGUUACGGAGUAAAUACAGCCAGGGCGACUUCUGAUUGCUGCAAAUUAGUUACUACAGAUGACAUACGCGAUGUAAUUGUCAAGUGAUUAUCUUUAAACUUGCCAUAUGUAUGCCUAAUCCUAUGGAUGAAUUCUACAUGUGUACUAUUGAAUUCGGGACAGUGCAUCUACACUCUCUAUAGAUAAAUUCCGAUUUGUUGCUC